ACCAUAGACCUGCAUAAAGACACAGAACAGGGCUUUGCUUCAUUUCUACAGAUCAUGGCUCCUUUCGGGAAAAAAAAUUGUUGAAAACACAGCAUAAGCCUAGGUCAUCAACUGAAGUUAUGGAGCAUGAAGAAAGACAAAUUGUGGUUUGGACUGGUCAAGAGGAAAAAAUUGUUUGUGGACUGACAAAGCGUACAACCUCUGCUGAUGUAGUACAGGCUCUUCUUGACAAUCAUAAAGCUACAGCAUCGAAUAGCUCUUUUAUUUUGGGUGACAAGCACAGAGAAUACUGUAUUGUUGAGAAAUGGAGAGGGUUUGAGCGUAUUUUGCCUCCAUAUACAAAAAUAUGGAAGCUUUGGAAAGCAUGGGGAAAAGAAAAGGUAAACCUAACAUUUGUUCUUGUGAAAGCAGAUACCUUUCUUGGAAUUCCAAUUUGGAGAAUGUCUGAAGCCAAAGUAAUCCCAUCCUCAGAAAAAAAUAAUCUUGACUAUUGUUCUACCCAUUAUGUCAAAUCCUUACCAUUUGAUAAACAAAAAAGAAUUGUGAAAAAGGCAUUUAGAAAAUUAGCCAAAAUCAAAAAGGAGAUUGAUUUUACAGAUGCAAAUAAUGCGGAGACACUUAUUCACAUAAUUGUUUCUCAAGACAACACUAUUAAACAGCAAAUAUGGAGAAUGCAUGAAAUAGAUAAAGAAAUCGAGGCAUCUGAAGCUCAUCCACAUUUAAGAAAGGUAGAGGACAGUGGUAUGAAUGAUGUCCACAAUUGUGACUUAAAAACAUUUGAUUCUAGUACUACAAAUUGUAGUCCCAAAAAAGUGUUUCCCCUGGAGAAGAAAACAAAACAGAAAAAACUAGAGCUAGACGAACAAUUAAUAUACCAUCAAAAGCUUAUUGACAGACUCUCUGCUGAAAUUGAAGAAGAGAUAUCAUCUCUAUGCAAGAAACAAAACGGUGAUGGAAUUAUUUUCUCUAAAGAGGGUAGGAAGAAAUUGGAUGAAUUUAACUUGGAAAGUGUGAAAGAUGAACUCGAAGAUAGUUUGCAAGUUGGUUUAAAAUUACAUACCAUGUUUAACAGUGUUCAGAAAGAUAUUAAAUAUAAUGACUCUUUGCUUCUCAGCAAACAGAAGGAGUACAAGCACUUAGAAGAAGACUUGAAAUCAUUAUCUAUCACGGUUGAAACCAGUCCUUUACAUUUUACACCUUACCUAGCAGAAAGAGAUCACAUGGUUCAUAGCAGUAAGGCAAAAAAUGAUUUUACCAUGAAAUUGUCAAGUUUGAAAACACAUGAUACUGACUCAGACACCGGCAUAAGUUCCACUCAUAGCCAAGAUUGAGUGUGUUUUCUGAUAAGUGAUGCUAUUUUGCACAUUAGAAUUUCUGGUUAA